GCCCCUCCUUAUAUGGAAAGAGGUGACACGGAAAACACUGGGACCAGUUGAUUCAUUACGUAUGCAUAACCGGGGUGGUUCGCCAAAGAAUGACGGAAAAAAUGGAGUAAAUAUGAAACUCUCGAACCUAGAUUAGUGCUUCUACCAAUGAUUAAAAUGAUCUAGCGAGUGUUUACAAGUGGGAGGACGUCUAGAUGCGCUGCUCGGUGAUAAUCCUGGCUGGGGCUGUACUUGCCCUGCUUGUGUCUCAUUCAGGAGCUCGUUCUGUGAAACAUCAACUGGAAAAUGCACCAAAAGCUAGACCCGAUGUCCACAAGAAAAGCCAUCUUUACCACAGCAAAUCGCACAAGCGGCAUAUCAGGAAAAAGAAACAGUACAUUAUACCGGGACUUGGCGGAUACGGCUAUGGCAUGGGUGCGCUAGGAAUGGGGGGAAACGGACUCACCUAUGGGGCCACGCCUGGAGCUAGUUACGGAUAUGCGCAGAGUGACGCACUUGGUCAAGGACUGGUACCGAGUCAGAGAUUGGUAUCUAGUCCGAACUAUGGCUACAGCAACCAGGCAGCUAUGAUGCCUGUCGAAAGCGCUACGCAAUCAAGGCAGAGCCUGCUGAACAGCUAUAGUGCGGGCGCAGGAGGCCUGGCGGGGUACAGUCCAGGUUACUCAGCGGGCGCCAAUACCGCUAGCUAUGCGUCAGACCCUUCGUAUCAAUCCAGUCUGUCAAACGGUCUUGGCUCGAGCCUAUCAAAUGGCAUGAGCUCGAGUUUAUCUAACGGGUUAAGUUCGAGUAUGACGAACGGUUUUAGCUCGAGUUUAUCAAAUGGCAUGAGCCCGAGUUUAUCACAAGGAUUAAGUUCUAGUCUGUCCAACGGUCUAAGCUCCUAUACUGGCGGUAGCGACACAAACGGACUAGGCUCUCUGGCAGCUGGUUACAGCCAAGGCACGGGGAGUGAUCUGAAUGGAGGGGGACUGGGACCAGGGAAAAUAUCUGCGUCAGCACUAAGCGCAGGGCUUGACUCACCGAAUGGAAUCUCAAACGUCGCCAACUUCCUAAGCAGUGAGAACACAGCUUUUGAUUCAGACUCACAGAACCAGUUACAGAAACUUCUCUCAAGCAACCAGGAUCUAAAUGCCUUGAGCCAGCAAGUAAACUCGCCUUCCUCUCUGGCGCAGUACCUUAGCAACCAAGGCUCACCUUCUACUGGGAGCCAAUCACUGGAGAGUCAGUCCCAGUCCACCGGGUCACAGUCUUACGGUCAGCAGUCAGCUCUGGAAGCCGAAGCACAGGCGUUUAAUAAUCAGCUAAGUCGGCUAACAUCAGGAAAGCUGAACUUAGAGGAAUUACAGCACAGUUCGAGACUUGCUGGAGAUACACAAUCAUUCAACAGCGCUUUAGGGCAUCUAUCGUCUAGUAAGAUAAACCUACAAGGAAACGACCACGCAAAUUAUGGUGAGAAUGGAAUCAACGAGCUUGGGCAGCUUGCUAACACAGGACUGUCUGACAGCUCCAUACAGAGACUCAUUGGGCAACUGCUAGCCGGACAAGGUGGCGGCUCCCACGAAAUGGGAGGAGGAAUGGAAGAAGGCGCAGGGGGAAUGGGUGGUGGUGGCGGUGCCGGUGGUGGUGGCGAGUUUGACGAUCAGAGAUUCGAGGACGCGCAGUCACCCGAGGAGGAACAGCCAGGAUUUUUGAACUCCAUGUUGGACGGUGGUGGUAUUGGUCAUACAAUUCACGUCCACGCCAGCGACAAGCCGCGCCCAUCUAAAGUAAGGCCUUCGAAGUUCAGGGCCUCGGAGAAAGCAUUCAGAGUUCAACUCAAAGCAAAAGAAGAGCACCAACUGAAACUUAAACAGUUGAAGGAAAAACUUAGAAGAUUAAGGGCAAAGUUGCAUAAGUUGAAAGACGACUAUGAUUCUGAAGAUUAUGAAGAUCAGCAAUCUGAUUUGUCUGAAAAGUCGGAGAUGCAAACUCUGAAUGAUCUGAAAGUAGCCACCGAGCAAGCUAUCAGGGACUUACAACACGAGGUUGUCAAGGCUGCUUCUAAACGCAAAGGUGUCAGGAAGCUCAUCUUCGUUCACAAAUUCACCGACUCUUCCGAGGGUAGUGGUAAAGCUGUUGCUGCUAAGAAGGCAAAAAACGGUCUUGAAGACCAGGGAAGUGAUCUUCUAGAGCUGAUUGAAUCUGACGAGAAAACUGGCUCAAGUAAAAGCAGCGUUAAACACAAAGACGACACCUCGUCACUGACGCAAUUAGAAAAGCAAGCGGAGCAGGAGGUCAACUUCCUCACGCGGAAAGAUCCAAAAGUCGUGAGGCACCAACAAGGGGAAUUACGUUUCAAAGAGCACAAACAAGCCAACGUUUUGAACCCUGGUUUGCAUAUACACGUCCCUGAGCCAAUGAUGGAAGAUGGACAGACACACUCAAAAAUCCUCAAGCACAAAAGCUCAAAGUCUUCAGGCGGGGAGUCCAUGUUCAGCGAUGGAAGUAGUAGCGACGGUCUGGGGGGUCUGUCCGAGCUCCUAAAAAAACCUAUGCAAAAGCUGGCCUACACCUUGACGCCUUCUGAAAAAAAUCCAAGAAAGACUUCUCGUCACUCACGCGGAUAUUUCAGUAUCGGUUGCUGGCGAGACGAGCCCGAUCGUGCUCUCGCCAGUAUGGAAUCAAUAUUUCCCAUUCUGGACGGAGCUGACUACAAGAAUCGCCGCUUUUCCGUCCGGAAGUGUGCCCAGGUCGCGCGCGUGCAAGGCUUUCCCGCGUUUGCAGUGGAGAAUGGCGGGCAGUGCUUGGGUGGGAAGAACAUCAUGCAGAAGUACCACAAGUACGGGGCGUCCCAUGAGUGUAGACGGGACGGAAAAGGCGGGCCGUGGAGUAUGGAGGUGUAUAAGUUUACUGUGGCUACAAGUCUUGAGGGUCGCCGAGGUGAAAUCCCGCGCUUUGGAGGAUCCCUUAUGCCACAAGCUCGUGAGAUUUUCUACCAGGCGACGUGAUAAAUAGGCGUCUAUAUCUAAUUCAAACUCAUCCUUUCUGACAAGCUCACCGAGGUGACAUCCCGAGGCGUGUUUAGGGAUUUCAUUUAACGAACUUCGAUUCUUCAUUCAUCCUUUUCGCAUCUCGCUCCUCCCAAACACGUUAUCUUCCCCUCUUGUUUUUCGGCGGGGAGAGCGCGAGGGUACAUCGGCAUGCUUGCUGUCGUACUUUACCUAACCACAGUGCACAUCGUCAAUGCCCUUUAUUCAUCCUAGGUAAAACCCAAUGCAAACAGCGCCAACGCCAUAUUGCCGCCAAAAAAAGUAAGUAUUGCUGCUGCCCAGCAAUGAGUGCUGGCGCUGUUUGCACUCCAUGAUGGAGGGGCGGAUACAGAAUUUCUAGAGGGAAGGAUGGGGGGGGGGGGGGGGGACUGGGGACACCAAUACAUAAAACAUAUAGCGGGAAGUCAAUUUGUGAAUUUUAGCUUAUAGCAUACAUUUCUUCUAAAAUUUCCGUCCAAGAAGAGGAGUGGUGGAGAGGGGGUUAAACUGUCUCCGUGGAACCGCCCCUGGUGAUCGAUGAUGUUAUCGAGAAGGUCAACAUCUUGGUCUUGGGGUCAGCCAAGCCAGUAUUGCAGAGCAAUUCAGCGCUCUUUGUAUGUAACAAAAACGUUCUUAAAAGAAUAAAUAAAAGGAAAAAGCAUCGAAUAGCAACAGCGCUGGAGAAGUUUUUUUAGAAAAACCUCACGAGUAAGAAGAAUUUGUUUUGACCAUCGAAGACUGAAUUAACAAGAGAGGUAAAAUGUAAAAAAUAUACGUUCAAAUAAAAUCAGUGACAUAUACGUUUGCACUUGAAGUGAAAUUGAGUUAGGGUUGGCGCCGCUGCUUUGUCUUUUACUUUUUUUUUUACCCGGAGCUUGAAUGGCUAUUUUGUUAAAUAUUUCUCUCAUUUUUUUGUUUUUGUGUAACUUUACUGGUUCACACCGAAUAGGGUGAACACUGCAACGUGUGACUUUGAAUACUGUGAAAAAUGCAGCGUCAUUUUACUUAUGACGGGUGAAGGCUUUCUACAGCCGGUACCAGUCUCAAUAAUGAGUCGCCAAAAUUAACUACUGAUCAACAGGUACUAUUGUGGUAUUAUAGGGACAAAAUAAUACACUGUAAACACAAAUCGGAUAGUGGCGUAACCACUAUGGUGUCUGCGAUAGCCAUGACUCGCUCGUCCGCCUGGUCCAGCACCUUCAUUUGUAUAAUGAUAUUUUUCCAUCACGUGCAUCACUCACACGGUUGUGUGAAAUGCGAGUGCGACUUAAAGGGUGCGUUAUCAUCAUGUCAGAAAGACCACUGCGCUGAAAACCAUGAGCUAGUCCAGAACCCUUCGGGCGUCUGCAGGUCAAAGGGUUUGGUUUGUUGUCACGUGUUGUGCCAUGGGAAAGAGUCCCAAUGCAUGCCAGAUACAGCACCGUGUGGGGACGGCGACAUUGAAAUAAAGAAUACCAAAUGUAAGAAGGGGUUCAAAUGCUGCCAGAAGAAAUCGCAGGCGGUGCUAACGAGAUUCAGGGUGAAGUCCACAUGAGGAUGCUUACACAGAUAGGCAAAGCAACCGCCCCACUUACGGAAGUAGGUACUGCAGGUUCAACGGCUACUAAUCGAGCAUGCUCAGUUCACUAGAUAUAGACAAAGAAACUUAAGAUAAAAAUGUCUACCGAAUAUUUGCUUACACUUUAUUAUGGCAAAUGCAAUAAGAGUUGUGUACAAGAACGAAAGAAUUUCAAUAAUCUGAAUAAUGGCAUAAUGAUGCAUAAAUGUUAUAUAAAUCGAUUUCUUAAAAUUCACCUGAAUUAUACUUUAUAUACACUAACCUAUGACCUACAUUUUACUGUACCUUUACAAGCGUAUUCACUGGGUACCAGAGGCUCGAACUUCACUCCUACAACACGAGCCGCAAAGUGGCAACAACAAGUCGCGAACAUCUCAUAGUCAAGACUGGUGAAGUGUGGGAGUUAAGUUCUAGCUGCAGCCUCUAACCUGGGCUAACAAGCAUAGUACAGAUACACUUCUAAAAUCAUUCUUACAGUAAAUCUAGAGUGGUAUUUUUGUGGUAAUUUUUCAAAAUUAUUAGUUGGUCAGUAAAUGGUUUGGAUCUUAGCAAAAGCAUAUUUCAAAAUCAAGAAUACAUCAUUCAAUAAAUUGAUCAUAUAGUUAAACUAGAAGCAGUACUAAUCAGAACAUUACAUAUUAUAAUAAUCAAACCGAAAUACUCAUCAAUGAAACACCUCUUAACAAAUGAAUGAAAAAUUGUUGCUAUCUUUUCAGGGGUGGAUACAGGGGGGGUGGAUUGGGCGGAUAUCCAACCCUUUUUUUGAGUAAAAAAUUACUCAUUUAAAAGUCACUUUGUUUGAAGAAAAUAAAUGCCUUCACCUGCUUGACUUCGCUGACACGACAAACCCAAUUCAGCGUAAAGUAUUUUUAGAUCUAUGUGACCUACCAAGAACCCACUGGUUUAGUUAUAAGUCGUCUAUCCGGCCAUUAUCCACCCCUCAUUUUGGAAUCCUGGAUCCACCCCUCCUUUUAUCUUUAAAUAUCAAAUUUAUGCUCAGAAAUAAAAGUAUUCAACAUAUAUUAGCCCAUUAAAAAAUAAUAGAAAGUGGA